AUGGCUAAAGAAUUGAUGGACAAAAAAGUAACUGAGCUAUCACUGAAAACGAAACCCGAACUAGCCCAGCGGAAUACUCGAGCCGAUCAUCGUAAAACUACGAGCCUGAAUAACACGGUAGAACUUGAACCAAAUAUGGAAAAUAUCGUGAUUUGUAAUCAAGAUAAAUCAAUUGGACAAUCUGACUUUGCAAGCGAAGGUGUUUUGAAUUUGGCACCAGGUGCUGAACGUCAAUAUGCAUUAAUGCAAAAUGGUAAUGCAGCAGGAGCAAAUGGAAUAAAUCAUACUGAAACUGGAGUCAGUGUUCUCGAUUACAGCACGGAUUUUCCUGAGCUACCAGACAAAACAAAUACUUGUGUCAAUCAGCUACUUGGCGGUGUAUGGAAUAAGCCUCCUGCAGUUCGUUCUGAAAAAGUUACUCAGGUUUAUCACUUAUCAGGGGAUGAGCGUAUGUCAAGAGUUAGUGGCAAAAAUUUUGGUAAUGCAAAUGAAGAGCAGCAAAAAUGUAAUGAAAUUGCAAUUGCUACUGGCACAGAAAUCGAAAUUUGUGAAGCGAAAGAUCACUCAUUAACGCUUUUAAUUACCGGGAAACGUCAACAAGUGGAGGAAGCACGUUCUCGCGUUGCUCGAAGGCUGAAGACUCAGGCAACUAGAGAGAUUUCAAUACCAAAAGAACAUCAUCGAGUUUUAAUUGGGAAAGAAGGACUCAAGUUGCGACAACUGGAACAGGAUACAGAUUGUAGAAUAGUGGUACCAAAUCGUGAUUUAGCUAGUGAUGUUAUAAAAAUAAUUGGUCCACGAGAUGGUAUAGAAAAAGCAAUUCAUGAAAUCCAACUUGUUAGUGAUAAACAGUCAAAAUUGGCACAAGAACAUUUGUUGAUACCACGAAUUUAUUAUCCAUUUAUUCGCGGACCAUUUAAUGAAAGAAUCAAUGAACUAGCUAGUGAAACAGGAGCUAAGAUUAACAUUCCACCACCCUUGGCAUCGAGUGAAGUGAUAGUUAUUACUGGCGAAAAAGAAGGAGUCCAUCGUGCGGUUGCGGGUGUUCGGCAAAUCUACGAAACUAUGAAGGCAGUCGUGAAACCAGUUACAUGUCAGGUAACUCGUGCACAGCAUCGUUAUAUCGUUGGACCGCAGCGACGCGGAUUAGCUGAAAUUCUGAAAGCAACUGGUGUAAGUGUUGAAGUGCCUCCGGAAGAUGAAGAUUCUGAUACUAUCACCUUGCGUGGUGAUCCGCAAAAAUUGGGGGAAGCAUUAGCAAUGGUUUAUGCUAAGGCAAGUAGUGUUAUUACGGCAGAAAUUACCUGUGAACCAUGGAUGCACAAAUUUCUGAUUGGAGCAAAAGGAGCAACGUUAGAGUCAUUGGUUCCUAACAAAGAUAAAGUUCAAAUUGGAUUUGAGCAAGAUGGUUUGAUCUAUUUAGAAGGAGCACCAGAAGAAGUUAAAAAGGCUCAGGUAUCAUUACUCAAUGAAAUAAAUCGUCUUUCUGAAGAAAUGUCUUCUGAAAUCAUCAAAGUACAUCCGUCGCUUCAUCGUCAUGUAAUUGGUAGAGGAGGAGCUUUAAGUUCAAUCAAAGAUGAAACUGGAGUGCAAAUUACUAUUCCCAAUGAGCAAACAAAUUCUGAUGAGAUAAAAAUCGAAGGUAGAAAAGAAGGUGUUAAAAAGGCCAUUGAAGACAUAACUGAAGUUGUUCGAAGAAUCGAAAAUGAAAAAACACGUGAUAUAAUUAUUGAACAAAGAUUUCACAAGCUGUUAAUUGGUCCCAAGGGUGAAGCUAUUCAAAAAUUACGUGAACAGUUUCCUUCUGUCACUUUCUCUUUCCCAGAACCUGGAAGAAAGUCAGAUAUCGUGAAUUUGAGAGGAGACAAAACUGAAGUUGACAAAGCUUAUAAACAGUUGGCUUCAUUAAAUAAAGAAUUGCUGGAAACCAAUUUUCAAAUGGCAGUCCCUAUUUUCAAAGAAUUUCACAAACAUAUCAUUGGAAAAGGCGGUGCCAAUAUCAAGAAAAUUCGGGAAGAAACGCAAACACGGAUUGAUCUGCCGAGUGGUGCUAGUAACGAAGACAAAAUCAGAGUCACUGGUAAAAAGGCAAAUGUAGAAAAAGCUGUCGAACAGUUGACGAAAAUUCAGAAUGAAUUAGCGAGUAUUGUAUCAGUGGAAGUAAACAUCCCUCAUAAAAUUCAUUCUCGUCUUCUUGGUAGUGGCCGUCGACUCAUACAAGAUAUACAAGAUGAAUGUGGUGAUGUUCAUAUCAAAUUUCCUCCGGAAAAAAUAAUUUCUGAUAAGGUGAGCAUUCGUGGUUCAAAGGAUGAUGUUGGUCGGGCUGAGAAAAUGUUGUUGGCUUUAGCAAAAGAUUGGGAGUUGUCAAGUUUUGAAGAUUGUGUUUCAGCAAAACCGGAAUUUUGUAGAUUUGUUAUUGCGAAAGGAGGUUUUCAUAUAAAAAGGAUCCGAGAUAUGUGUCCUGAUGUCCGUGUAUUAAUUCCUCAAACUAAUAUUGAUCUGAAUGAUUUCACCAUUCGUUUUAUUGGCAAGAAAGAAGAUGUAGCAAAGGUGAAGGAAGAGAUGGAAUCCAUGAUGGAAGAAUUGAAUAAAACUGUUGAGAUUGAAAUGGAUGUUGAUCCGAAAUAUCAUCGCUAUUUUGUGAUCCGUAACGCUGCCGUAUUGCGAGAAAUCCAAGAUCAGAAUGGUGGAGUUUUAAUUUUUUUUCCGCGCGCUGGCACUAAUGACAGCAAAGUUACGUUGAAAGGUGGCAAGCAGUACGUUGAAGGCGCAAAAGAUCGAAUUGAAAAAAUUGUUCAAGAACUAGCUUCACGAGUAGUCUUGAAAAUCGAGAUACCGGAAGAGCAUCAUCGUGCUUUGCUCUCUAAUCGGGGACAAAAGAUUCAGGAGCUUCAAACCACGUAUAAUGUUCAGAUCAGGUUUCCAGAUCGACGGUUACGAGAAAACCUCCAAAAUGAGUCAAAUAAAAAUGUCCAAGGUGAACCAUCUCCACUUGAUAUUAUCACGAUUUCUGGUCUCGAAGUAAGUUGUGAAAAGGCGGCUGAAGCGCUUAAAGCUCUGGUACCUGUUACCAAAAAAGUAAACGUUGCAUUUGAAUAUCACCGUUUCUUGAUCGGUAGAAGUGGUGAAACUAUACGUUCGCUAAUGCAAGCACAUGAUGUGAAUAUUACGAUACCUCCUGAAGAUACACACUUGAAUGAAAUAUUAGUGACUGGUACUAAUGAGAAUGUUGAAUCUGCCGUGGCUGAAAUUUUGAGACGUGUUAGAGAAUUUGAAGAAGCAGCUGAAGAUCGACGUUUACGGUCUUUCAAACUUACCUUUGAUAUUCCGUCAGAAUAUCACGUUCGCUUAAUUGGUCCACGUGGUAAAGUUGUAAACGAAUUGCGUUUGAAGCACGACGUUUCCAUCGCAUUCCCCCGUAAUAGUGAUAUGCCAGACACUAUUACACUCACAGGUUAUGAAGCCAAUUGUAUCGCAUGUAAGCAGGAAAUGGAAGCAAUGGUUGGUGAGGUGCAGUCUCUUUUUUCUCAGCAAAUCUUUCUUGAUGCGGCUUUUCAUCCCCGUUUAAUUGGUCAGAAAGGUCGUAAUCUGAAAAAAGUCAUGGAUACGUUCAGAGUUGAAAUUCGUCUACCAAGAAGUAAUGAUCCAGAUCCAAAUCUGGUAGUUGUUGCUGGUAAGAAUGAAGAUGCAGUAUAUGACUGCAUUGAGCAAUUGCGUCGAGAAGAAGAAGAAUUUUUACAAGAACGCUUAGAACGUAAUCAGUAUUUUUCACUGCGUGCUGCUGAACAGCCACCACCACCACCACGUAUUGAGGUUGAAAUUAAAGGAGCACCAUGGCAAUUAGAUAUGCAAUCUGAAGAACAAUUUCCGACAAUGGGCACAACUCAGGGAACUGCAGCUGCUGGUGGUGUAUGGAGUGGAGUACGUAGAUUUUGA